CUCCCCCCACCCCUCAACCCCCCCCCUACACACACUCCAACAGGCUGGGCUCGGGAAACGGCAUGGAAUGGAAUCUCAGAAGGAUGGAGAGCGAACUGAGGCAGAUCAAUCCGGACUUGCUGCAGCCCAGCAAGAGCUUUAAGAAGCCUUCCUCGGGCACCAUCACCAUCAACGUGGGGGGCUACCUGUAUGCAGCACAGCGGCAGACACUGGCCAAGUACCCUGGCUCCCUGCUGGAAGAGAUGGUCAGCGGCAAGAGACCUGUGCAGCACAUCGACUCUAUGGGCAACACCUUCAUUGACCGCGAUGGCCCCAUCUUCCGGCAUGUGCUGAACUUCCUACGGACAGGUGAGCUGAUCCUGCCGGACGACUUCAAGGAGGUGGCCCUCCUGCGCCGCGAGGCUGACUACUACAGGCUCAGCGAGCUGUCCCAAGCCCUGCAGGACUGGGAGCAGCAGCAGGCCAUCCACCGUGAGCCUGCCUUCCUGGAGGUGACAGACAGCCACGAGCGCUCACAGGGUCUCAAGGUCUACUGCAGCGACACAGCCUUCAUCGAGAAGGUAAAGGGGCGCCUAGUCCAGAUCUCAAAAAGCCGGCUGGAUGGCUUCCCUGAGGAAUUUGAGGUUUCAUCCAAUGUCAUUCAGUUCCGCCACUUCAUCAAGUCAGAGCAGGGCUCACGGCUGGUUCUGAAGGAGGACAGCACAUUCCUGUGUACGCUGGAGACACUCAAGCUGGAGACGGUGAUGAUGGCUCUGCGAGGAGGCUUCCGCCUGCUCACCUGCCUAGACAGCAGCCGGGGAUCGGUAGUGCAAUGCGAGGCUCUGCACUUUGUCAAGUGACCCAACCAGAACUGGCGCCACAAACCACAUGACCCACCAAGACCUAGCACCACCACCCAUCCCACCACCCAUUGACAUCCCCAUGGCAUCAGCAUAAUCUGCACAGGACCCACGUUGGAUUACAAAAAGACAUUCCGCAAGUAACUCUGCUUCUGCGUUCCUCCAGCUCCUACUACCAACCUUGAAAAGUAAAAGAGGUGUUAUGUAUUGUGUUUUCUUCUGGUAUACUGUGCAUAGUCCCUCAAAAGCUGGCUUUUUUAAGGAAGAGGAAUUGCACAUGGACAUGGCCUCUGAACUGCAGCUUAUUCCACCUUUUGACUUCUUUACAGAAUCUCUUCAGAUAAGUGGCAAUAGCAACUGGCUACAUACAACUACUGUGAUUUCUGAUCAACAGGCUGAAAUACUACUUAAUGCAUGUGCAAAUUCUGUUCACCUUUGGGAGCAAAUGUUGUGAUUGCUGGUCUUGUGAAAAGUGAAGCUGACAGCAAAAUGUCAUCCAGAACCUGUAAAUGUUUUCCAAAAUAAAGAUUAUAAAUGCUU